GGGGCCACGUCCAUCAACCGCCGGCAGCAGGUUAGGGUGUGUGUGUGUGGGUGUGUGUUGGCCGCCGGAUUGCAUCAGCUGCAGUGGGCAGUGAGACAGGAUAUGGCGGCUGAUCAAGUGACCGAGGAGCUUCGGGAGCUGAGCAUGGAGACCGAGUCUAAAGCCAUUCCUGCAAAACGUAAAGAUGGAGGCAAGAAGAAGAGUAAUAAGGAUGAUGGUGAUGCAAAGAAAUCCGAGUUGGAUCCAUGGCCAGACUAUAUCAAUAAGCGUCUUGAACUGUACAAUAAACUAAAAGCAGAGAAUGAUACGAUUCUAGCGGAACGAGCUGCAAAAGAUAGCAAGCCAAUUACUGUCACUCUGCCAGAUGGCAAACAGGUGGAGGGAGAGUCAUGGAAAAGCACUCCAUACCAGAUUGCUUGUGGAAUCAGUCAAGGUUUGGCUGACAACACGGUUGUUGCUAAGGUGAAUGGGGUGGUUUGGGAUCUGGACCGUCCAUUGGAAGAUGACUGCAUUCUAGCACUGCUCAAGUUUGAUGAUGAAGAGGCUAAGACUGUGUAUUGGCAUUCGAGUGCCCAUAUCUUGGGAGAGGCUAUGGAGCGAAUCUAUGGAGGGUGUCUCUGCUAUGGACCGCCAAUUGAGAAUGGGUUUUAUUAUGACAUGUACCUGGAAGAGGAAGGUGUGUCCAGCAAUGAUUUUCAAGCUCUAGAAACCCUGUGCAAGCGGGUUAUGAAGGACAAACAACCAUUUGAGAGACUUGAAAUCACAAAAGAGACGCUGCUUGAGAUGUUUAAGUAUAAUAAAUUCAAAUGCAGGAUUCUAAAUGAGAAGGUGAAGACUGCAACUACCACAGUGUACAGGUGUGGACCACUAAUUGACUUGUGCCGAGGACCUCAUGUCAGACACACUGGUAAAAUAAAGGCCUUGAAGAUUCACAAAAAUUCCUCAACUUAUUGGGAAGGAAAGGCCGAUAUGGAGACACUUCAGAGGAUUUAUGGAAUUUCUUUUCCAGAUGGAAAAAUGUUGAAAGAAUGGGAGAAGUUCCAGGAAGAAGCCAAAAACCGAGAUCAUAGAAAACUGGGAAAGGAACAAGACUUGUUUUUCUUCCAUGAGCUCAGCCCAGGAAGCUGUUUCUUUAUGCCCAAGGGAGCUUACAUCUACAAUGCACUCAUUGACUUCAUUAAGAGUGAGUACAGGAAGAGGGGUUUCACAGAGGUGGUAAGUCCCAAUAUCUACAACAGCAAACUCUGGCAAACCUCAGGACACUGGCAGCACUACAGUGAGAACAUGUUCUCUUUUGAAGUGGAGAAGGAAAUCUUUGCCCUAAAGCCUAUGAAUUGCCCAGGACACUGCCUUAUGUUUGACCAUCGGCCUCGAUCUUGGCGAGAGUUACCGUUACGCUUUGCUGACUUUGGAGUGCUCCACCGUAAUGAGCUGUCUGGAGCACUGACAGGCCUGACUAGAGUUCGCAGGUUCCAGCAGGAUGAUGCCCAUAUUUUCUGCACCAUGGAGCAGAUUGAAGCAGAAAUAAAAGGCUGUCUGGACUUUCUACGUGCUGUUUAUGAAGUUUUUGGAUUCACAUUCAAACUCGAGCUUUCCACACGCCCAGAGAAGUACCUUGGUGACAUUGAGGUGUGGAACCAGGCUGAGAAGCAACUUGAAACCAGCCUCAUUGAGUUUGGUGAAAGGUGGACCCUGAACCCUGGUGAUGGAGCUUUUUAUGGCCCGAAGAUUGACAUCAAAAUUAAAGAUGCCAUUGGGAGAGAUCAUCAGUGUGCUACAAUACAACUGGAUUUCCAGUUGCCAUUAAGAUUUAACCUGACCUAUGUCAGUCAUGAUGGUGAUGACAAGAAGAGACCAGUUAUCAUUCACCGUGCAAUUCUGGGUUCUGUGGAGCGAAUGAUUGCUAUUUUGACUGAAAGCUACGGUGGCAAAUGGCCUUUUUGGUUGUCUCCCCGUCAAGUUAUGGUUGUACCUGUGGGACCCAUGUGUGAAGACUAUGCACAAAAGGUUCGGCAGCAGUUCCAUGAUUCAGGACUGAUGACUGAUGUUGACCUUGACCAAGGAAGCACAUUGAACAAGAAGAUCCGAAAUGCACAGCUUGCUCAAUAUAACUUUAUCCUCGUGCUUGGUGAAAAGGAGAAGAGUAGUGAAACCGUGAAUGUACGCACAAGAGACAACAAGGUGCAUGGAGAGCGCACAAUCUCUGAAACCAUUGCGAGACUUCUUCAGCACAAGCAAGCCAGAAGUAAACACGCUGAGGAGGAGUUCUGAGAAGAAUUGUUCUGCACUACAUAGUAAUACAGGGAAAAAUGAGCAAUUUGUGAAGUAAAGCUGCAUUCUGUAAAUCUGGUAACCUUAUUCCCCAAGCAGGAGUCUGGAAAAAGACUCAGCAAAAAGUACUCAUCUCAUGGCUUGUCUUUAAAAGAAAAACAAAUUGCAUGUAUGGAAUAUUGCCAAAACAUUGGUUUCCAUGUUGGGUUAAAGAUAAAGAGGUAAUAAUCCUGGUUCAAUCCUGUCCAUAACCGUAUAUACUUGUACUAGUUUUCACGUUUUACCCUUUUGUCCUCUGAUAAAUUGUUUGUUUUAAUAAAUGCUGUAUCAUGCAAUAAACAAGGAGAUUCAAUGCUAAA